UUCUCAUGAUGAAGAAAACAUAUACAACUCAAAAAUUAAAGAUCGUUGAAAUCGAAACAUGGCAUUUAGGGCGGUUGCAGGUUCAAUGGCAAGACGCCAAUUAUUGACACCUGCCAAUUUUUGUUCGCGUCCAUUUGUUGUUUCUGUUUCAAAUCAUAAUCAUCAUCAAUCCAUCGCUUAUCCUCCUUCUCGGACUACUGGAUUCAGGUUUUCUAUUCGAGCAAUACAAGAGGCAACAACGAACCCUAUAACUCCUACGAAAGGUGAUAAUGCUGGGGGACAACCACAGUCUCCUCCUAAUUGGAAGGUCAAAAUGCUUUAUGAUGGUGAUUGUCCCCUCUGUAUGCGUGAGGUAAAUAUGCUAAAGCAAAGGGAUAAGAACUACAAUGCAAUCAAUUUUGUUGAUGUUAGUUCAGACAAUUAUUCUGCAGAGGAUAAUCUGGGCAUCGACUAUGAAACUGCUAUGGGUAAAAUUCACGCAAUCAUGUCUGAUGGAACUAUUGUCACUAAUGUUGAGGCUUUCCGCAAGUUAUAUGAAGCAGUUGGUCUAGGAUGGGUAUAUGCAAUUACAAAAUACGAGCCCGUUGCAACAAUUGCUGAUGCUGUUUAUGGUGUUUGGGCUAAAUAUCGUCUCCAGGUCACAGGUCGACCACCUUUGGAAGAAGUUUUGGAGGCUCGAAAGAAAAAGGAGGAAUUAUGCAAUGACAGUAAGAGUUGUAGGAUGUAAACUCAGAUCUCUUCUAUUCACAUGUCCAUGGUUUACCUUCAGUGUCUAGCAGAGUAGAGGGAACUCACAAUUGUAUGGAUUAAAGGCGUAAGAACAGGUAGAAUAAUUGGCUCGAUGAUGCGCUGAAAUGUUUGAAUUAUCAUCACUUCCAGUGCCUCCCUACAGUACAAUACAUAUCGUUAAUAUCACACAGUCAGAGAGGUAAAUCACAUAUUAUUACUGAAAACCUAUUUUUAAGCCUUCUGUCGAAUUCAUGCCCCCAUGAGUAACGUUCUUGAACGCGAUCACCAUCAACCGUCUUAAACUGAUUUUAUCUGUGGAUUUAAAGUUAACAAUUCACGGAUAGUAACUGAGAUGAACAAGUGUUUGGUUUAGUUUUUACCUUGCUAAAGAGGAAACUCCUGCAACCUCAUCAUCGGAUGAACUUAUGUUUGGUUGUAGUUCAUCGUCGUCGGUAUUAACUUCCUCCAACCUUCGUUGAAUCAAUGCCAUUAUUGUGUUUUUUGUGAGCUUUAGCUGAUGACGGAAUUGUGGUUAGAAAGUCGUUGGGUUGGUUUGGAUGAAAUUAGAUUCUUAAUAUGUUUGUAAUUAUUAAGUUGAUUAUCUAUUCUAUUUAAAGAAAUGAGGUUGAGCGUCAACUCCUCAGCGUUGGACGCUGUCAAACCCACACUUUGCUAUGUGGAACACCUCUCAUACAUUGUAUUAUACAUCAAAGUUUAUUUUAAAGGAUGGUUAUCUUUAACAUACAUCUCUGAUACAAUGUUUCUUUUCGGGCUAUAACUUUUUGUAUUUAUUUAUUCCUUUUUUUUUCUGUUAUUUGUAAAACAUUCUUUAUGUUAAAUUAAGUAAACUAAUUUCAGAGU